AUGCGUCUUGCCUACUCUAUCCUGCUCAUACAGCAAUUCUCGGACUAUUUCUCGCGCUCACGUUCCAGUCCUGCCCAGAACACAGACACUCUAUUCAACUGGACGCUCACCGACGUUUCCAAUUUCUUCGUGCGGCAAAGCCUUCCCUACCUGGCCGACACACAGCAGCAAUUCGGCCAGUUCCUGCGGUUUUUCACGCGGAUGCAGCGCAUCACGCGGGAACGCUGCGAAUCCUGGCAGCCGUUCGCGCCAAUCAGCUACAGGAACAAUGAUACAAAGAUCAAUAUGUACACGUGCGUGAAGGUUUUCGAUGCGAAAAACACCAUGCAGGGCAUGAUCGCUACGGAUAUGCUGAUCUCCGCCGCGGAGGGCGUGCUGAGUUCCUACCUCGCAUUGAUGCUUUUCAUAUCGAAAACGCGUGCGGCUGCGGUGUUGCCAUGGGAACAAAACGGAAAUCUGAUCUGGGAAAUGGUGUAUUUCUCGCCGCGCCACCAGAAACUCGCGACGAUGCUUCUCCAGUCCAUCAUUCCCUUCACCAACUACAUUCCCCCGGUUUUCAAGCCUUCCACUUCUCUCUUCUACGAAGUUCCGCCGGGAACCCCGAAAGCGGACUCCAUUCGAAGGAACCCGCUGCUUCAGCCGCCUCUCUUCCCUCAAGAGAGUGCUUCUUCCUUCGAGAAACGCGAAGCCUUCGUGUAUUAUCUGCUUCAUCUCGUGUCGCACGAGGAUUGCUGCCCUGCUGCAUUGGUGGGCGAGCGAUCUUCGUGUGUGUUGUGCUGCUCCUUCUUUCCCUUCAUCUACAACACGCUCUGUCCUUCCUCGCCCGCGUUCCAGCAUCCCAACAAGGCCGAGUUCUUCGCAGAAGUGCUGAACACGCAAGAAAAAGUCUUCGUGGGUCCCUGCAAAAUGCACAUUCGACCGGAUGGACACACAGCCUCCUUCUGUUCGCUUGUGUUCGCAGAGGAAAUCGUGUAUCUCCUCCGGUUGAUGCUUCGUCAGCCCCAGUGGAACCAGUUGAUGAUUUCAGUGUUUCAGAAUAUUCUGGAUAAAACGCUGCAGCAGCUUCAAAGCGAAUCAGAUAUUCGAAGCAUCGAAGAUCGAGAUAAUUAUGGAUUUCACGUGAUUCUGCGAAGUCGAUCGCCGUGGUUCUGUAUGGGAACCGCGGUUCUGAAAGUAUUGGGAGCGAUUACUCCGCGAAUGUACGCAGGGUGUCGAAUUCGAAUCCACGAAUUCUUAAUGGAGGGAGAGAACGAGAUUUCGACACUCAUUCAAACGGCGUAUCAGAGUCAUGGAACGGGAUCGAUCAUUCAGUACCAUCGAUCAAUGAGUGAAUCGUUGGUUUUACUCGACAAAAUCGAGACGCCUCAGUUCAUUAAUAACUAUGUGUUCGAUGUGGUGGAUCGAGUCGAGCCUCCUCGCGACGAUCUCAACGCAUUCCAGCAUUUGUUGCAGCCCAUUCAGCAGAUCAUUCAGCGCAUUAAAUUGAAUUCGGAGUUGUUCGCUUUGCCCACCGAUUCGAUGCCUUUCUUCAACACUGCCGAUCUACCGUUAGCGCCUUCCGAGUUGCAGAACGCCAUUCUCUUGUUGUAUUGUGUGCGUUGUGUGAAUCAUCUUGUCAUCGCAAACGAUUCGCUUGUAUCGCAGAUCACUCCCGAGACGCUCCAACGAUUAAUUCAAAUCGCUGUGCGGCCACUUCCAUGCCGAGUUUCGAUGAACGCGCUGAUUAUUCGCCAGUAUUUCAACUGGUUUAUCGAAUACGUGAUUGACACAUAUCCUGGAUCUUGUCGUCUGCUUCCGAUGGAGCUGCAGACAGAAACGUUCCAGCCCGUCGAGGAUUUGUUCCAGGCGGAUUUCGGAGUGGGGAAGGACGAUUUGGCGGAGGAGGACGAAGAUUACGACAAGCCGACGAUCAUUCGAAACGAGAAGCGAAUGAAAAUGGCGGAGAUGUUGGCUCGGACAACGCAAUGUUCGGUCGAAGCUGCGUAUCGCGUCUUGCUGAGUUUCAACGAGGACUAUGCGCAGUCGCAGCAGUUUAUCGAGAAGCACACGCAGGAAGAACGCGAAGCUUUGUUUGAUUCGAGUUUGGAACUGCCGACGUUUUCGCAAGGAGUGAGCGAUGAAUCGGUUCUUUCGGAUUUGGAGCUGGGAAUCCGCAGACAGCAAGUGCCCUCGAGUGGAUCGGAGCGACAAGUCACCAAUGCUCUUUUGUCUACGAUCUUGCCGCCCUUCUCGCGACUUCAGCAUAUCAACCAGAGCGAUCUGAAGAACCAGAGCGGAAUGAUCGGCGUUGUCGCGUCGAUCACGUCCAAAUCGGUUACGUUUUCGCCUGUCGCUGAAACGGGAGUGAUCACUUCGUUCGAUCUGGCAUCGGCCACGCUCUCCAUUCUCAACUCCAACAGCGGGAUUUCGGAAGAGAAGAAGUUCCCCGUGGAGUCGCUCGCGCUUCACAAAGACCGCUUUCUCUACUUUUUGGGGAAUGUGAAGUUGGUGCGAGGCACGGUGGGUCGAAUCUGCACAGUUCUCUCCAUUAAAUUCAUUCGCGAAUUGCUGAUCUGCCUCAUCUACUACGCCAAACUUCAUCAAAUCGACGUUCUGUCCGCCUGGCCAAUCAAAAGCGACGAGUUGAUUCAACUCUUCAAAUACACCUACGUCACCUACUGCAACAAUCUCAUCUUGAAGCCUUGGAAGCACAACCACGUGACUUUGGUCAGCUGUCUAUUCCGCAUUCUCAAAGAAAACUUCAAGCAGAUCGUGUGGACGUCCUCCCAUGGAAGCGAUCUUCUCUCUUCGCUUACUGCUGGAUUGUGGACUGGCUCUUCGGUCACGCUCUCUCAUCCCUGCGUGCCUCGCCUCCAUCGCAGUUAUUCCGAUCUUCUCCAUUCAUCUGCGUCCUCUUCUUCGAUUUCCGGUCCCGCUCUUGUCGAAUUCGGUCGAACCGCGUCCUCUUCCGAAUAUCGCGUUGUCUCGCUCCACCCCAGCAAAACUCGCGUCAGCUACUACGACCGCGUCAUGCUCCCAGCCGCUGCGGGUCUACGCGUAGUCUUCGACAAGCGAUGCUGUCUCGACACCGAUAACGCCUUCCUCACAUUCUAUCGCGACGAAAAGCACACGCAAGUGAUCGCUCGUUUCACGGGCGGUCCUUCCAACUUCUGCUCGUUCACUGUGCGCGGCAGCACGCUCCGAUUCCUCUAUGAAAGCAACAUCCACGCGCAGCCGACGUGGGGCUACGCGUUCGUGGUGCAACCCUUCGAGAACAUUCAAUGGGGAGGCGAUAUGGAGAUUCCAAUAUCGCCCUGCUUCGAUUGGAACUGCCUCGCGUUGGAUCUCGUUCUCCACAUCUCCAAACGCCUCGCGAAUCCGCCUACUGAAUACUUCCAGCGCGUCUUCUCCAACUUACUGACCUAUUUACGAACGGCCGGACUGCCCUUCAAAUCGACCAUCGUGGAAUUGCUGAUUAAAAUGCUGCAUCUCUGCAUGCCAUUGGCGAAACUCCCGGAUGUGAGCGGAUUGUACAAAGUGGUGAUGGAUUACUGCGAGGGAAUCGACGAGAACUCGAUGGUUCCCGAGCAUUUGCCGCUUCUAAUCGAGUUCUUAACGUCCUGCCGACUGUCUCUGCAGCUCCAUCAAAUCUAUGAAAGUCGGUCGAUAGAUCCGAAAAGUGGAAACCAGCAAAUUCUCUAUUAUAACAAUUUCGUCCAGACGGAAAGUCCUGCAACCGACUCCCUCCCAGCCAAAUCAACCGACGCAUCCGUAAAGAAUUCGCCGUCGAUCCUGAUCUCUCCGUCGUCCUGCAGUACGAUUUGCACGUGCGUCGAAACGGUCUAUGUUCUGGCCACAUGUCUAUUCUACCAAUCCAUUCCGCCGCCUUCCUUCCUUUCCUUCUUUCUCACCUCCUGCAAUCAGCCCGUUUCCCAGACGUCUCUCGACCAAAUCACCGAUUGCUUCGCGCGGUUCACGCGUCGACUCGAUCUCUCGCUCGUCAGCGUUCUCGAGCAGCACUGCAACGCCAGCGACACCAUGCUCACCUUCUCUCUCCUCGACUUUACUCUCAGCGAAGACGACAAAGCGCGCCAUUACGGACUCAAUUCCUUCUCUCGUCUCGAUAUCCGGCUUCGUCUCUUCUUCCUUCAAUACUUCAACGCACAGCUCCAACGCAUCGUUCAUUUAGUCGACCUCGGUCUGCCCCGCGAGAGCGGAAUCAUCACACUUGGCCGCAUCCUCGCAGGCCUCACCGGCUAUAUCUUCGCCCCCGUCAAAGAGCACGUGCUCGCUCUCACCAUUUCGCAGACAGUUUAUCACGGAAAGGACUGCUAUCCCGUCGUCGAGCUCGAUAAUCGCCGCGUAUUCACUGCCAUGGAGCGCGACGCGCUGCCGUCACGUGGCAGCGACACAGAAACACAACACGCGCUGAGUUCGCAAUGCACUUUCGCGCAGCUCUUCCGCGAAACGCGCGAUAUCCCCGUGGAAGUGCUUCGUGCGCCGCUCGAUGGCCGUGAACGCUUGCUGGCAGUGAAGCUGAAGGGAGAGCAAGGGUUGGACUGGGGCGGAAUCUACCGCGACACGAUCGAACGGUGCAUCGACGAUCUGUUUUCAGACCGAAUCGAUCUGUUUCUGGCGUGUCCGAACGCGCGCGAGCCGAACAGUCCAGGCGAAAUGAAGUAUCUGCCGAACCCAAAAUACCGCGAGAGCAGCGACGCGCUCGCGAUGUACAGCUUUGUGGGGAAUCUGAUCGGGAUCGCGCUGCGGACGAAGCAGCGAAUGGCGUUCGAACUGUGCAGCGCGGUGUGGAAAACGAUCGUGGGAGACGUGGUGACGAUCGACGAUGUGGAUAGUGUCGAUCACGCGUUCGUUUCCACGCUUCGCCAAGUCAACGAAUUCACGCAGACCGACGACUCCGAAGACUUCCAAGAGCUCUUCGUGCUGACCUUCUCCGUUCUCGAUUCGGCAGGAAACGAGGUCGAGUUGAUGCCGAGCGGAUCGCAGGUGCCGGUAACGUAUUCGAACCGAUCGAAGUUCUAUCAGCUCGCGUUGGAAUCGCGACUCACCGAAGGGAAACAAGCCGCCGAAGCGAUCGCUGCGGGCGUGUACGCGUUGGUUCCGCAGCGAGCGCUGUCGCUAUUCACGUGGGAGCAGUUAGAACGUGCGGUGAAGGGAGAGCCGGAGAUCUCGAUCGAUGCGCUGAAGCUUCACACGGUGUAUAUUGGGUGGACGGAGCGGCAUGAAGUGGUGCAGCGGUUCUGGAGGGUCAUGCGAGGGCUGAGCAAUAAGGAUCGAAGUCUUUUCUUGCGGUUUACGUGGAGUCGGUCGCGGUUACCGAAGAGUGACGACUGGUCGAAGCCGUUUAAGCUGUGUUAUAAAGAUGCGACGGAUGAGAUGCUGCCCGUGGCGCAUACGUGCUUUUUUCAAUUGGAGUUGCCGCAGUAUUCGAGUGAUGCUAUUAUGAGAGAGAGGCUGCUCGUGGCAAUCCAUUUCGGAGCAGGAGAGUUCAUGUUACGAUAG